AGUCAAAUACUCCUAGGGUGCAGCUUCGAUACUUCCUCUUAUUUUCCAUUUUGUCACCUUCUUGCACUUCUCUUCAAUAUAUUCACACAUCUCUCAAACUCAUAACAAUCACUCCUUGUCUUCUGUCCCUCCCGGAAAAAAAAUGCCGACGGAGAUGAUACCACAAUCGCCGCCUACCGGAGAAUUCAAGUUCGAUAGCGCCACCACUACGCCGUAUGUGAGCUGCCCUUCAAGUCCUCAGCGAUUCGGCAACCACUUCUUCAGCGCUCCCACUAGUCCUACACGAGCAGCCGCUUUUUACCAGGACCGUUUCCUCGAGGAUAACGUGAAUCAUGUUGCGACAUCUUCGGCUGGGUUGAAAAAUUUACGAAAAAAUGAUAACGUAAAUGAUUUUGAGUUUGAAUUCGUCGGGCGGCUUGAGGAGCCUUCUAUUUCUGCAGCGGACGAGCUUUUCGAUGGCGGGAAAAUUCGUUUACUAAAGCCGUCACUGCCCGACACUACAGAAAAACAGGACAAAACUGACGGGAAAAAUCUUGUUGAAAAAAUAAAAGAAGGUGACGAUUUAGCGGAGGGGGUCAAAGAAAGCAAGGAGCAUGAUCAUGGACUGCGAAAAAAAUUGAAAUCUUCGUCGUUAGAGCGAGCUAAAAGCGAUUUGAACACGAAACACAACAAAUCCGUGCUGGCCUGGUACAACAAGCUGAAGCUGAAAGACUUGUUAUUAUUUCGUAGCAUCUCCGAGGGUCACAAGGAGAAAUACGGGAUGCUUCGAAAACGACACAACGAAGACGUGAAGAAUUCGAGUUUCAGGUCAACGGAAAGCGGAGGAUCCGUGUCGAGCAGACGAAGAGUGUCGGCGCAUGAGUGGCAUUACACGGCGAACCGUGCGGCGGCGGAGGAGAUGAGGAAGAAGACUUUCUUGCCGUACAAGCGAGGUUUGCUGGGUUGUCUAGGGUUCCAUGCUCCGGUUGUUCAUGAACUUUCUAGAGGGUUUGGUUCAUAUGUGUUGAGGGAAACAUGAAUGCCCAGUAACAGAUUGUAUGUUUCUUUAAAUUUAUGAUUAUUUUAUUUAAUUA